AUGGUUGGCUACAUCAAGGAUGAAGCCUUGAAAAAAGCAUUCAUGAGGUCCGUGAUCAUGAUCACCAAAGCUCUUGUCCAUACCAGGAGGCAGGACGUCAAUUUACCCCAUAAACCUGAACUGGUCAUAAACAUCAUUGAAGUCAUUGAAAAUGAGCCUGCGAGAUCUUUGUCCGUCAUAAUUCUUCAUCAAGCGAUCAUCACAAUCACCUGCAUGACUCGUUUGAAGCCUACACUGAACACAGAGGUGAUGUCCAAGUUGGUGAACACAAGCAUUCAAAGGGUAUUUUCCCUGCCGGCUCUGAAAAUGACCAAAGUGAAUGCUGCUAGCCCAACCCAGUCAACCUACACGCAGGAUUUUUACCACCAGACGGUGACCGCUUGCAGCUCCAUGCUCACCAGCUUGCUGUCGGAGGCUCCCAAUUUGGAUUCCCUGCAAGAGAUCUUGAUGCACACAAAUACCUGGAUUGAAUCUCCCAAGAUUCAUGAGAGAGAGAGGGCAAUUAAGAGCACCUGGCACCUCCUCAAGUUUGUUUCUGAACACACAGAUUUCGAUACGACAGCUGACUUUUUUCUGCUGGGGCAACUGGUGGCGUUGCUGGGCCUGCACAUUGGCGAAGGCAAAGAAAUUGGCCAGACUUCCGCAGAGGCCGCCUACCACCUCCACUACAUCCUCAUGAACAAAAUGGCUAAAGAGAUGGAUAAAAAGCCUAAGAAUAAAAAGGGGAACAUAGUGAAGUGGCUGAGAGAGGAUUUCUUUGGUUCGGGAUCGGGAAUUUUUUACAACAACAUCUCUAAAAUGGCUAAGGCCUUUGGUGAGCACCUCUCCCCUAUGCAAAUCACGGACCUGAUCAUGAAAGCUCUCGAGGCACUCACAAAUGAGGACAAGAAUAUUUCACAGGCUGCAGGAAUACUACUGAACACCUUUCUGGAGGAGUGUGGCAUGGAUAUGGAGGAACUACCCAUGAUCCUCAGGGAAAUAUACCGGCGUCUCCCCAACAUCACUGAGCCGACCACUAAAGAGAACACCUUGAAGUCAGUUUGUCAUUUGGCCUCCAAACGGAUCAACAAGGUGGUGGACCUUCUACUGGAGUGUUCCCUGGAUUGCGAUCAAAGUGCAAGAGAGAUAUGGAGGGCGCUGGUCACUGACCCUUAUGCCAAUAUGAAGAUCAUGAGACCACUCCUAAAAAGGCUCCAGGACGAAGAUCCCAUUUUGGAAACCGCCGGCAGAAGAAACAGCAAGUCAAUUAUGCCAAUUGCGGCCACCAAUGCUCUCUGUUUCAUCUUCUCCAUACCUGAGGCAGCUGAAGCUAUCGAAAAUAAGUUCCCUAGCCUCAUCAUUGGACUGAUCACGCAGAUCUACUUCCUGCUUGGAGGAAGCAAACGGGGAUCAAGAAAACCAAGUACCAUCAGUGAGAACUUAGGACAAGUCAACCCCUUGAGCUCGGCAGUGCAAGCCCUCAAAAAUCUGAUCCGGUGCGCUGGCUAUCUGGAGGAGUACAACGCUCUGGGGAAGAAGGGCUGCUGGAGGAUGCUGACGAGCCCUGACAGUUUAUUUGAAGCCAUUUUCCACCUGGUCCGGACACUGUUCACGUUCUCUACCGUACAGCUAAAGCUGAUGUUUCGACAGGCCAACACAUACCUUCGCCAUUCGGAUAUCAAGGUGAAGACUAUCGGGAUGGCUUUCUUUUCGGAG